UGGCCCGGGGAGGAGGAGGAGGAGGCGGCCGGGCCGGGAGCAUCUGGGACCGCUACAGCGGCGGCAGCGGCGGAGGCCCUGGGGGGCGCCCAGGCCUCACCUUCCCCGAUGGCGCAGGUUCCAGGGGAAGUGGACAACAUGGAGGGCCCACCUGCCUCCAACAACAACAACCCCACGGCCCGCUGGGAGAGCCCAGACCGGGGCUGGGAGCGGGAGCCCCCGGCCGCCUCCACUGCAGCCGCUGCCCUCUUUGAGUGCUCCCGGAUCAAGGCCUUGGCAGAUGAACGGGAGGCCGUGCAGAAGAAAACCUUCACCAAGUGGAUGAACUCACACCUGGCCCGGGUGGGCUGCCACAUCGCCGACCUCUACGCCGACCUCCGGGAUGGCUUUGUCCUCACGCGUCUUCUGGAAGUACUGUCUGGGGAGCAGCUGCCGAGGCCCACGCGAGGCCGCAUGCGGAUCCACUCGCUGGAGAAUGUGGACAAGGCGCUGCAGUUCCUGAAGGAGCAGCGUGUGCACCUGGAAAACGUGGGCUCGCAUGACAUCGUGGACGGGAACCACCGGCUGACCCUGGGGCUGGUCUGGACCAUCAUCCUGCGCUUCCAGAUUCAAGUCAUCAAGAUCGAGACAGAGGACAACAGAGAGACGCGCUCAGCCAAGGACGCUCUGCUGCUAUGGUGCCAGAUGAAGACAGCUGGUUACCCCGAGGUGAACAUCCAGAAUUUCACCACCAGCUGGCGGGACGGCCUGGCCUUCAACGCCCUCAUUCACCGGCACAGGCCCGAUCUCGUGGACUUCAGCAAGCUCACCAAGUCCAACGCCAACUACAACCUACAGAGAGCCUUCCGCACAGCCGAACAACACCUGGGGCUGGCACGUCUGCUGGACCCCGAAGAUGUGAACAUGGAGGCUCCGGACGAGAAGUCCAUCAUCACGUAUGUGGUGUCUUUCUACCACUAUUUCUCCAAGAUGAAGGCUCUGGCUGUGGAGGGAAAGCGCAUUGGGAAGGUGCUGGACCAGGUGCUGGAGGUGGGGAAGAUCAUAGAGCGCUACGAGGAGCUGGCGGCUGAGCUCCUGGCCUGGAUCCACCGCACCGUGGGCCUGAUCAGCAACCAGAAGUUUGCCAAUUCUCUGAGCGGGGUGCAGCAACAGCUGCAGGCUUUCACGGCCUACUGUACCCUGGAGAAGCCGGUCAAGUUUCAGGAGAAGGGGAACCUGGAGGUUCUGCUCUUCAGCAUCCAGAGCAAACUACGGGCCUACAACCGUCGCCUCUACGUGCCUCGGGAGGGCUGUGGCAUCUGGGACAUUGACAAGGCAUGGGGAGAGCUGGAGAAGGCAGAACACGAACGGGAGGCUGCCCUCCGAGCUGAGCUGAUCCGGCAGGAGAAGCUGGAACUUCUGGCUCAGAGAUUUGACCACAAGGUGGCCAUGAGGGAGAGCUGGCUGAAUGAGAACCAGCGCCUGGUUUCCCAGGACAACUUUGGGUACGAGCUUCCGGCGGUGGAGGCCGCCAUGAAGAAGCACGAGGCGAUCGAGGCAGACACUGCGGCCUAUGAGGAGCGGGUGCAGGGCGUGGCGGAGCUGGCCCAGGCCCUGGCAGCUGAAGGCUACUACGAUGUCCGGAGAGUGGCAGCUCAACGUGACAGUGUCCUGCGCCAGUGGGCUCUGCUCACCGGGCUGGUGGGUGCCCGGAGGACCCGGCUUGAGCAGAAUCUGGCCCUGCAGAAGAUCUUCCAGGAGAUGGUCUACAUGGUGGACUGGAUGGAGGAAAUGCAGACGCAGCUGCUGUCCCGGGAAUGUGGACAGCACCUGGUGGAAGCGGAGGACCUGCUGCAGAAACACGCUCUUCUGGAGGGAGACAUCGCGGCCCAGAGCGAGCGCGUGGAGGCCCUCAACGCCGCAGCCCUGCGAUUCUCCCAGCUGCAGGGCUACCAACCGUGCGACCCGCAGGUGGUGUGCAACCGCGUGAACCACGUGCACGGCUGCCUGUCGGAGCUGCGGGAGCAGGCGGCUCGGCGUCGCGCGGAGCUCGAGGCUUCGCGGAGCCUGUGGGCGCUGCUGCAGGAGCUGGAGGAGGCGGAGAGCUGGGCCCGGGACAAGGAGCGGUUGCUGGAGGCGGCUGCGGGCCCGGCGGGUGGAGCGCACGACCUGGCGAGCACGGCCAGGCUGCAGGCCCAGCACAAGAUCCUGCAGGGCGAGCUGGGCGGCCGCCGGGCGCUGCUGCAGCAGGCGCUGCGGCGCGGCGAGGAGCUGGCGGCGGCGGCCCCAGGAGGUCCCGGCGGGGCCCGGGGCUGCGCGGACGCGGCGCUGCACGUAGCCGGCCUGGCCGAGCGCGCGGCUAGCGCGCGGCGCCGCUGGCAACGGCUGGAGGAGGCCGCGGCGCGGCGCGAGCGGCGGCUGCAGGAGGCCCGGGCGCUUCACCAGUUCGGGGCCGACCUCGACGGGCUGCUCGACUGGCUGCGCGACGCCUACCGCCUGGCCGCCGCCGGCGACUUCGGCCACGACGAAGCGUCCAGCCGCCGCCUGGCGCGCCAGCACCGCGCGCUCACCGGGGAGGUGGAGGCGCACCGCGGACCCGUGGGCGGCCUGCGGAGACAGCUGGCCACGCUGGGCGGAGGAGGAGGAGGAGGAGCCGCCGGGUCGCUGGUGGUGGCGCUGCAGGUGCGCGUGGUGGAGGCCGAGCAGCUGUUCGCCGAGGUCACCGAGGUGGCCGCGCUGCGUCGACAGUGGCUGCGGGACGCGCUCGCCGUGUACCGCAUGUUCGGAGAGGUGCACGCCUGCGAGCUGUGGAUCGGCGAGAAGGAGCAGUGGCUGCUGGCCAUGCGCGUGCCCGACUCGCUGGACGACGUGGAGGUGGUGCAGCACCGGUUUGAGAGCCUGGACCAAGAGAUGAACAGUCUGAUGGGCCGCGUCCUGGAUGUGAACCAAACCGUCCAGGAGCUGGUGGAAGGAGGUCACCCCAGCUCAGAUGAGGUGCGCUCCUGCCAAGACCAUCUCAACAGUAGAUGGAACCGCAUCGUGGAGCUGGUGGAGCAGCGCAAGGAGGAGGUGAGCGCGGUGCUGCUGGUGGAGAACCACGUUCUGGAGGUGGCCGAGGUGCGCGCUCAGGUGCGCGAGAAGCGGCGGGCGGUGGAGAGCGCUCCCCGGGCGGGCGGAGCCCUUCAGUGGCGCCUGAGUGGCCUGGAGGCCGCUUUGCAGGCGCUGGAGCCUCGCCAGGCGGCCCUGCAGGAGGAGGCGGCCCUGCUGGCCGAACGUUUCCCAGCGCAGGCGGCACGGCUGCACCAGGGAGCCCAGGAGCUGGGAACCGAGUGGGGCGCGCUGGCCGGAGCUGCCCAGGCUUGCGGUCAGGCGGUGGCGGCGGCCGGGCGCCUGCAGCGUUUCCUGCGCGACUUGGACACUUUCCUGGACUGGCUGGUGCGGGCCCAGGAGGCGGCGGGCGGCGGCGGUGGCGAGGGACCCCUGCCCGGCAGCCUGGAGGAGGCGGACGCGCUGCUGGCGCGCCACGCGGCGCUCAAGGAGGAGGUGGAUCAGCGCGAGGAGGACUACGCGCGCAUCGUGGCGGCCAGCGAGGCCCUGCUGGCAGCCGAAGGCGGCGCCGAGCUGGGCCCGGGCCUGGCUCUCGACGAAUGGUUGCCACACCUGGAGGUCGGCUGGCAUAAACUGCUCGGCUUGUGGGAGGAGCGCAGGGAGGCGCUGGUCCAGGCGCACGUCUACCAGCUCUUCCUGCGAGACCUGUGCCAAGCGCUGGCCGUGCUGCGCAACCAGGAGGUGGCGCUGUCCGGCGCGGAGCUCCCUGGCACCGUGGAGGCGGUGGAAGAGGCCUUGAAGAGACACGGGGAUUUUCUCACCACCAUGGAGCUGAACCAGCAGAAGAUGCAGGUGGCCGUGCAGGCCGCGGAGGGCCUGUUGAGGCAAGGCAACGCCUACGGGGAGCAGGCCCAGGAGGCCGUGGCCCGGCUGCUGGAGAAGAGCCAGGAAAACCAGCUGCGGGCCCAGCAGUGGCUGCAGAAGUUACACGACCAGCUCGCGCUGCAGCAGUUUCUCCGAGUCUGUCACGAGCUGGAUGGCUGGAUCCAUGAGAAGAUGCUGACGGCAAGGGAUGGCACCCGGGACGACGGUCACAAGCUGCACAAGCGAUGGCUCCGGCACCAGGCUUUCAUGGCCGAGCUGGCUCAGAAUAAGGAGUGGCUGGAGAAGAUCGAGAGGGAGGGCCAACAACUGAUGCAGGAGAAACCCGAGCUGGCAGCCUCGGUGCGGAAGAAGCUGGGCGAGAUCCGCCAGUGCUGGGCUGAACUGGAGAGCACCACCCAGGCCAAGGCGCGGCAACUCUUCGAGGCCAGCAAGGCGGACCAGCUAGUGCAGAGCUUCGCCGAGCUGGACAAGAAACUCCUUCACAUGGAAAGCCAGCUGCAAGAUGUGGACCCCGGUGGAGACCUGGCCACCGUCAACAGUCAGCUCAAGAGGUUACAGUCCAUGGAGUCUCAGGUGGAGGAGUGGUACCGCGAGGUGGGGGAGCUGCAGGCGCAGACGGCGUCGCUGCCGCUGGAGCCGGCCAGCAAGGAGCUGGUGGGCGAGCGGCAGAGCGCGGUGGGCGAGCGCCUGGUGCGCCUGCUGCAGCCGCUGCAGGAGCGCCGCCGCCUGCUGCUGGCCUCCAAGGAGCUCCACCAGGUGGCCCACGACCUAGAGGACGAGCUGGCAUGGGUUCAGGAGCGGCUGCCGCUGGCCAUGCAGACGGAGCGAGGCAACGGCUUGCAGGCCGUCCAGCAGUACAUCAAAAAGAACCAGGCUUUGAGGCGGGAGAUGCAGGCGCAUGGGCCCCGGCUGGAGGAAGUGUUGGAGCGCGCGGGCGUCCUGGCCUCGCUGCGCAGCCCCGAGGCCGAGGCGGUGCGCCAGGGCCGGGAGCAGCUGCAGGGCGCCUGGGCCGGACUGCGGGAGGCGGCCGAGCGGAGGCAGCAGACGCUGGACGCCGCCUUCCAGGUGGAGCAGUAUUAUUUCGACGUGGCGGAGGUGGAGGCUUGGCUGGGGGAGCAGGAGCUGCUGAUGAUGAGCGAGGACAAGGGCAAGGAUGAGCAGAGCACCCUGCAGUUGCUCAAGAAACACCUGCAGCUGGAGCAGGGCGUGGAGAACUACGAGGAAAGCAUCGCGCAGCUGUCGCGCCAGUGCAGGGCACUGCUGGAGAUGGGGCAUCCCGACAGUGAGCAGAUCAGCCGGCGGCAGUCGCAGGUGGACCGUCUGUAUGUGGCCCUCAAGGAGCUGGGCGAGGAGCGCCGGGUGGGCCUGGAGCAGCAGUACUGGCUGUACCAGCUCAGCCGCCAGGUGGACGAGCUGGAGCACUGGAUCGCCGAGAAGGAGGUGGUGGCCGGCUCCCCGGAGCUUGGCCAGGACUUUGAGCACGUCUCGGUGCUGCAGGAGAAGUUUUCCGAGUUCGCCAGCGAGACGGGCACAGCAGGCCGGGAGCGGCUGGCGGCUGUGAACCAGAUGGUGGACGAGCUGAUCGAGUGCGGCCACGCGGCGGCGGCCACCAUGGCCGAGUGGAAGGACGGCCUGAAUGAAGCGUGGGCGGAACUGCUGGAGCUGAUGGGCACACGGGCCCAGCUGCUGGCUGCCUCCCGGGAGCUGCAUAAAUUCUUCAGUGAUGCCCGGGACCUUCAAGGACAGAUCGAAGAGAAGCGGAGGAGGCUGCCCCGCCUGGCUGCCCCGCCCGAGCCCAGGCCCAGUGCCAGCUCCAUGCAGCGGACUCUGAAAGCCUUUGAGCAUGAUCUGCAGCUCCUAGUGUCCCAGGUGCGGCAGCUGCAGGAGGGGGCGGCCCAGCUGCGGACGGUGUACGCCGGGGAGCACGCGGAUGCCAUCGCGAGCCGGGAGCAGGAGGUGCUGCAGGGCUGGAAGGAGCUUCUGGCCGCCUGCGAGGACGCCCGCGUGCACGUGAGCUCCACGGCCGACGCCCUGCGCUUCCACGGCCAGGCCCGCGAUCUGCUGGCAUGGAUGGACGGCGUCGCCGGCCAGAUCGGAGCAGCCGACAAGCCCAGGGACGUGUCGUCGGUGGAGGUGCUCAUGAACUACCACCAGGGCCUGAAGACCGAGCUGGAGGCACGGAUGCCCGAGCUGACCGCCUGCCAGGAGCUGGGGCGCUCUCUACUGCUUAAUAAGAGCGCCAUGGCUGAUGAGAUCCAGGCACAGCUGGGCAAGCUGGGAACCAGGAAGGAAGAGGUGUCGGACAAGUGGGACCGACAUUGGGAGUGGCUGCAACAGAUGCUGGAGGUGCACCAGUUUGCACAGGAGGCUGUGGUCGCAGACGCCUGGCUGACGGCCCAGGAGCCGCUCCUGCAGAGCCGGGAGCUGGGCAGCAGCGUGGACGAGGUGGAGCAGCUCAUCCGGAGACACGAGGCCUUCCGCAAAGCAGCUGCAGCCUGGGAAGAGCGCUUCAGCUCUCUGCGGCGCCUGACCACGAUCGAGAAACUGAAGGCCGAACAAAGCAAGCAGCCGCCCACCCCCCUGCUGGGGCGCAAGUUCUUUGGGGACCCCACGGAGGUGGCGGCCAAGGCAGCGCCCUUGCUGCGGCCAGGGGGCUAUGAGCGGGGCCUGGAGCCCUUGGCCCGCCGGGCCUCGGACACACUGUCUGCAGAGGUUCGGACCCGGGUGGGGUACGUGCGCCAGGAGCUCAAGCCAGAGCGCCUGCAGCCGCGCAUCGACCGGCUGCCGGAGGUCCCGGGGAGGAUAGAACCCGUCGCCCCUCCAGCCGCACCUUCGGACGCGACAGAGACCCCCGCUUCCCCGGCGGCGACCGAACUGGUCAGACCUCGUCCGGAGCGCCAGGAGUCGGUUGAUCGCGCCGAGGAGAUGCCCAGGAGACGGCGGUCAGAGAGGCAGGAAUCCAGCGAUCAACCCGAGGAGGCUGCGCGGAGGCGGAGGCCGGAGAGGCAGGAGUCCACGGAGCACGAGGCGGCGCACAGCCUUACCCUGGGCCGCUACGAACAGAUGGAGAGGCGACGCGAGCGGAGGGAGCGGAGGCUGGAGAGGCAGGAGUCCAGCGAACAGGAGAUACCCACCAGAGGAGACCUGAUUAAAGGGAAGGCCACCCUGGCUGACAUCGUGGAACAGCUGCAGGAGAAAGAGGCCAGCCCAGGGCUCACGGCUGGGGUGCCGUCGCUGCCUCAGCCUCGAGAGCUACCCCCGGGCCGCCUGCCCAACGGGCUGGAGCCGCCCGAGAGGACACCUCGGCCCGAUCGGCCGCGGGCUCGAGACCGGCCCAAACCACGACGCCGCCCUCGGCCUCGGGAGGGCGGGGAGGGCGCGGGGAGCCGGCGCUCGCGCUCCGCCCCCGCCCAGGGAGGCUCCGCCCCCGCGCCGCCGACCCCGCCCACCCACACGGUGCAGCACGAGGGCUUCCUGCUGCGCAAGCGCGAGGUGGACGCCAACCGCAAGUCGUCCAAUCGGUCGUGGGUGAGCCUGUACUGUGUGCUCAGCAAGGGGGAGCUGGGCUUCUACAAGGACGCAAAAGGCCCAGCAUCUGGGGGUACGCAUGGUGGGGAACCCCUGCUCAGCCUGCACAAAGCCACCAGCGAGGUGGCUAAUGACUACAAGAAAAAGAAGCAUGUCUUCAAGCUUCAGACCCAGGAUGGCAGCGAGUUUUUGCUCCAGGCUAAAGAUGAGGAGGAGAUGAACGGCUGGCUGGAGGCUGUGGCCUCCUCGGUGGCCGAACACGCGGAAAUCGCGCGCUGGGGACAGACACUACCUACCACAUCAUCCACGGACGAGGGCAACCCCAAGGGCGGGGAGCGUAGGGCCAGCGGGCGCCGGAAGUGAUUUCAGGAGCGACACUGCGGAUGUGCCGCGGAUGGACCCUGGAAUGGAGGGGACUUCUCCUGCACCUCAAGAAGCUGGGGUGGGGGGGAGACUGUUGCCCCUUUCGCCAUAUCUCGGUCCCUUCUUGCUCUCCACCCCCCCACCCCGGGUGCUGGGGGUCCAUCAUUUGUAUGCAAUAACUGAGCUUGGUGGGGGCGGGCAGGGAGCCAGCUGAGCCAAGCCUCACUGCCCUGAUCCCCAAGGCCUGCCCCAAGAAGCUGGGGUGGUGGGGAUGGUGGGAGGAGAUAUUCCUAGCCUCCUCUCCACCUUAAGGAUGGGCACGUGGGGGGGGGGCCGCUGGUGAGGUCCCCUGGACCAUCCAGGGUGCUAGGGGUUGGGGAGGGGGACACUCCCUCCCCGCCUUACCUCACUUCCAAUGCUGCCUUGAUAUGUCUGGGAGGAGGGAGCCAGGGGGCUCUGGGGCCCCUCAUACUCCAUUCUCUCAGAGCCAUGCGGUGAAUUCCAGACUUAGUUUAUUUUUGCAUAACGUCGACCUCCUCCCAACCCCUCCCCGCCCCGCGGCCACGAAGAAAAAUUUGUCUUCCUCUCCCCUCCCCCCUCUCCAGCUGUAAAUGUCACUUCCCCAGGGGAGGCGGGUGGGGAGGCCCUCCCCUGCAUGCUUCAGGCUGGAGCACCUCUCUGGGGAGUAGGAGAUCAGGGUUGCAGGCAGCCCCCCAAGGUCGCCUGGAGAAGCCGCUGGGGCCCAAGGGGUGUGGGUCGGUGUGGCAGGCGCACACUGUGUGUACCUAUAAUAAACCCUUUGGCUUUGACGGUC